AUGGCACCAGCAGCGUCCCCAUCAUCAUCAUCCACCAUUAUUACUACCACCACUAUUACAACCAGCAGCGACAAUUCUGUAAAGUCGUCCUCGUUACCACCCCUUGCCCAAUCCACUGUCUACAACCAAUAUUUUCCUAUCAUCGUCGUGUGUCUCGUAUCACUGUACAGCGUAGCCUAUAUUGCCCGGUGGAUAAGGUGGCAUUAUCGACGUCGGCGGAAACGGGCCAUGUGGCUCGAACGUGGUAGACUUAGGAUGUAUUGGCAUCAAGCUCUUCUUCGGGAAGAAAACAACCAUCAUUGUCAAGUCGUUGCUAUGAGUUUCAAGGAAGAUGAGCAUCAAUUACCCCAAAUUCCACCACCCGUUGCCACAGCAAUUCCACGACCCGCCACGUUUCCUAGUACCAAUAUCACAUCCACAUCUACCACCACAACCACAACCACAUCCACCACACUUACAAGCGAUGAAUCUUUGUUUUCACGUCCUCGGUCUAUUACAUUUUUUAAUUCACCUUCCACGUCCACUGCUGCAUCUUCGUAUACCUCAAGUAGUACUUUGCAUCAUUCACCAACACUACCACCAACACCACCAGUGCUACCAGACAUACCACCUCCUAUAAAACAAUCAUGGAUCUACAACAACAAACGUAAACGACGACGUCUCAUGUGGCAAUGGAGCGUAGCCAUGGGUUAUUGUCGCUAUAGCCAUGCUGCUCGUAUGGAAAAUGUCAUUGCCAGUAUACAACAAGGCACUAAUGAAAAGACGGAUGAUAUACAUAAUUGCAUAUAA